UCUAUUUAUUGUUGAAAGUUAGCACAUCGAUGGGUGCAGGGAUUUAAGGAAGGGAGGGUGUUGAGAGGGGGAUUUUCUUGUUGCUCUUAUUUUUUCCCCCCACAUCUCUGACGGGAAUAGGUCUCAGACAGCAAAUUAUGUUGCUCUUUGUUCAUUUAUUGGCUGCCAGGUGAAUUUUGGAACGGGGGUCACUUUUCCUCUGUUUAAUUGUCAUCCUAUUUUCAAUCGACAUUUACAUGUUUGUCCCCACUUGUGCGUCUGCGAGGGAAAGUCACAUGUCGGUGAUUGUGUAAUAAAAUAUCAUGCGUGUUUUUACAGAUGUUUGUACUUUGCAGGAUACACAUUAGUGUUGGGUUUUAGUGCUUUUUGUGUGUGUGUGUGUUUUGCUGUCAGUCAUCUCAGAGUUCACAAGACCAGUCUUGCAGGAACGAUCUGUGUUUACACUCGGCUGCUCACUGGUAUGACUCUCAACAAUAACAACAACACAAGAUGUUUGGACUUGCUGGCUGCCAUGGUAACGGGGAUUAGGCAAAGGCUGUUGUUGUGUUGAUGGUGUCCACAGAAAAACAGAGGGGCCAAACAGCUCUGUCUGUCUGUCUGUUGGGGUGGACCUGUUUUUUCAUGGCUUUUGUGGCCACCUCGGCUGCAUUGAAUCUCAUAAGAAAGGCCAAACAAGGAGGCCGUCGACUGUUAUUGUUAGCCCACAGCCUCUGUGAAAUUCUUCGUCAGUUUGUUUACCCGACUCUAAACAGACUCUGCCUCAGAGAGAGAUGUUUGUUUGUGGUUCAGACCUUAAUUAAAAUAUGAAUCCUGCAUUCUGUUUUCGUAAACAGGCUCUGCCUGCUUUUUAUUCAUUAUUUAGUCUCUGUGCAAUUUUGAUGACUUUGUUUAUGUUUACUGCAAACAUUGCCAGAGCAGUGAGGCUCGACAGGGAGUGGGGUGGGGGUUGGUAAAUUGCUGCCUGCUCAGUAGAUGAUGUUGUUUCUGUGCCACUGGUUGUUGUUGUUUUGAUGGCGGGCUGUCUAAUUCCCUUGAGCAAUCUGUUGUUAUUGUUGUUUGGUUAAUUUAGGAGCUGAAUCUCUUGACAGAACUUUGUACACUAGAUGGUUCCAGCAUCAUCAUCCAUGAUGACCCCUCCGGCUGAGGCUCCGCAGCAGCUACAGCAGCAGGCGGCGCAGCAACAGGUCCUCAGCCCUCAGCAGAUCCAAGCCCUGUUCCAGCAGCAGAAGGCCCUCAUGCUGCACCAGGUACUGGGCCUGGAGGGCCUUUGUCUGUCUUCAGUGGGCAAGCAACAAAUUCAAGAGGUCUUCAAGAAUCAGCAAGAGCAGCUAAAUAUGCAGCUGCUCCAACAGAAGAAUGCUGGGAUAGUUAGCCAGGAACUUACGGCACAGCAGAUCGCCAUCCAGCAGCAGCUUCUUCAGGUGCAGCAGCAGCAUCUGCUCAACCUGCAGCGGCAAGGCCUUCUCUCCGUGCUCCCCACCAGUGUUGCCGGCUGUGAAAAUGAAAAUGACACUGGUGCGUUAUCUGCGGGCGGGGACUCCAGAGAGUCGACCAAUCACCAAUCUGCGACCAACGGCCAUCCCGCUCUCCUGAAAAGGAAGGAAAGCAGCUCGCUGGAUGAAAACGCACCAGGUAGCCAUGCUCUGUACGGGAACGGCAUGUGCAAAUGGCCUGGCUGUGAGACAGUUUUUGGAGACUUUCAGGCGUUUUUUAAGCAUUUGAACAGCGAGCACACACUUGACGACAAGAGCACUGCGCAGUGUCGCGUGCAGAUGCAAGUGGUUCAACAGCUGGAAUUACAGCUCAAGAAAGACAAAGAGCGACUUCAAGCAAUGAUGGCUCAUCUGAAGUCGUCUGAGCCCAAAGCUGCAGCUCAGCCCGCGAACUUUGUGCCUAACAUGUCCUUCUCCCAGGCAACGCCACCCAAAGGUCCCCAUAUGAGCUUGUCCCAGAGCGCCACGGCGCCGUCCACGCCCUUGAUGCCCCUGUCCGAAUCCCCGUCGGUCCUCACUCCCAACGCCGGCUUCAACGGAACCCCUGUACGCAGGCGAUACAGCCGCUCUGUCAGCCAAGAUAUCGUUGAUAAUAAAGAGUUCUACCUAAGCACAGAAGUGAGACCGCCGUUCACGUACGCAUCGCUCAUACGACAGGCAAUCUACGAGUCACCGCGCAAUCAAUUGACUUUGAAUGAAAUCUACAACUGGUUCACAAGAAACUUUGCCUAUUUCCGACGCAAUGCAGCCACAUGGAAGAAUGCUGUCAGACACAACCUGAGCCUCCAUAAGUGCUUUGUACGCCUGGAGAAUGUGAAGGGAGCCGUGUGGACGGUUGACGAGAUCGAGUUCCACAGACGAAGGCCCCAGAAGGCAGCCGGUAAUGGAUCUCUCCUGAAAAACCGGCAGAACUUAGCUGGGUCUGCUUCCCAGAUUGGAAGUUUAGACUGCACCGCCUUCUACAACCCGUGUGCGAUGGGAAGCAUCCCAUUGCAUUCCCUGCCUCACAUCCUCCAGGAGCAGAUGAACGGCGCCCUUGCCAAUGGGUCCGGCUACCAAAGCGACAGCAGCGCAACGCAAUCGCCCCCACAAGCUCUCAGCAUCAAAGAGGAGCAAGAGGACGAAGAAAUUGCUGAAAAUUACCCUUAUGAAUCUCCCGGGAGCACAGAUGAACACGGCCACAGCCCGGAGACGAACCGCGACAACGACAGUGGCAGCCCGGAGAGGCUUCGUCUCGACCGCGUGCCUUCGCUCUGACCACGAGGUCCAAGAUCUCCGAGUGCAUAUUCCAAAAGAGUCCAAAAGCUACUGCUUCAUUUGUAUAACCAAACAUACUCUUGUCGUUCUUUUUAUUAUUUAUCAGUAUUUUGUUUUUUGUUCUUUUAAUCUUGUUUUUAAUUCUGUACAGUCAAGUAAGAUCACACACGUGAAACUGUCUUUUCAUGGUUGAUAUUUUUUAAAACACGAGCAUGAGAAGCGGAGAAGCCAAAGCAUAGGAACACUGAUAGGGAGCACUUCACGAUUGAAAGAAGAAAAAAAAAAAAAAACACUAGUUGAUUUUUAUUGUAGUUAUAUUAUAUAUGCAUUUGUAGAGAGAUGAUUCCUGAUAUGUUCACUGCCUCCGUGAUCGCAUAUAUUUGUAUGUAAUGAUAUCAUCAGGUGAUUCAAAAAGAGAAUGUCUUUAUACGUGUUGGUAUUUUUCACCCCCACCACAAACAUUGCUGAAUUUUCUCAAGUUGAGCAUGUAAGAGUAGAUUCUAUAGAUAUACCUUUUACUGUAGACCAACUCAAUGAAGAAUAAAUUCAUCAUGAUAACUGUCAAA